ACCAAUUUCUUUGCAAGUUUGUUAGUGGUUUGAAAAUGGAGUUGCAAGUAUAAUUCUUAUGCUUAUCACCCGCAAGUAUAAUUCUUAUGCUUAUCACCUUCUCCUCUCUGGAAUAACCCACUAGCGUGCCCCAUUCCAGACUGUAAAUUUUAUGAAUGCUAACCAUGUAUAUAGUCUGUAUUCAUGCUUAAGUGGGUAUUAUUCUAUGACCAUUUGGUUCUUUGCUCUUGUGCCUACUGCAGAGUUAUUAUUCUAACACUAGGAUGGAUAAUAUUCCUCUCAUGCUACAUUCCUGUGCAUAUGCUACUAAAAGGCCAUGAUAAAUUGAGGAAAAGGUUAGAGAGAGCUCUGGUUGAGUUGAUUUGCAGUUUCUUUGUGGCAUCAUGGACAGGGGUUGUCAAGUAUCAUGGUCCACGACCAUGUGCAAGGCCAAAACAGGUAUUUGUGGCCAAUCAUACAUCAAUGAUUGAUUUCAUUGUUUUAGAACAGAUGACUGCAUUUGCAGUCAUUAUGCAGAAACACCCUGGCUGGGUUGGACUUCUGCAAAGCACUAUUUUGGAAAGUGUGGGAUGUAUAUGGUUCAAUCGUUCUGAAACAAAGGAUCGUGAAAUAGUAGCUAGAAAGUUAAGGGAACAUGUUGAAGGAUCCGACAACAAUCCUCUUCUUAUAUUCCCUGAAGGAACUUGUGUAAAUAAUAACUACACUGUUAUGUUUAAAAAGGUCCAAAGAUUACUGAUCCAUCAGUGUUAAAGAAACAAACAAAGGAACUGAUCAAGAAUUGGCCCUCUGAAUUUCAAAACUUAGUUGAUGUCACCCCAGAAGACACAAUCAUCCGGACCCCACUAGUUGAUCGAUGGCUGUGGCCAGGUCUGACCCCACCAGCUUCAUCUGGUGGAGCUGUAGUGGUUGGUGACGCAUGGCAUCCAAUGACUCCUAAUCUUGGUCAAGGGGCUUGUUGUGCUCUAGAAGAUGCUGUUGUUUUAGUGCAAAAGCUUGUGCCUGCACUCAAUGCUGGACCAGUGGCCAUUGAGGAUGCCCUUAGGUCUUACCAAAACGAGAGAUGGCCACGAAUCUUUCCAAUCACUGUACGGGCUAAUGUAGUUGGAGCCGUCCUGCAGUUGGAGAACCCGGUGGUUUGUGUGAUCAGGGACAAUGUGCUUGUUCCCAAAUUGAUCAGGCUUUGACCAAUGUUGGAACAUACAAACUUUGAGUGCGAUCCCCUGUUGCAAACUAAGGUUUAAACUUUCAAGGGUGUCAUCAGGAACAUACAAAAUUUAUGGGUUUUUUUCCCCUAGAUUUGGCCCUAUAAAAUACUGUAGUCAAAGUAAUUUAAUACUAAAUUUUGUGGCUUCAUGGCAAUCCUUACAAA